UAUAACUCUUACAACUUUUCGUACUAUUGUGACUCGAUUAGAAAUCCAUCAAGCCUUUACCCUAGACGCCUCUAAUGCAACACCUGCAUUAAAACAAAUUGCCAUUAUAUUAUGGCGCAAAUGGAACUGGAUUACCACUCGGAAUAAGCCAAGGAUCUUCAAGGAAGUGAAAGAGAUUACUCAAGCGUUGAUCACUCAAUUGAUCGUGAUACUUGAGCAUCACUUCAAUCAUUGGCCAAUCACAUUGAGGGAUGCGCUUGAAGAACGGCCUUAA